CUGGGUUGAACGCUUGCUGGCUGAAAGCUGAAGCGCGGUCACCAGCCUGUGCGGAGGAGAGCAGCAUGCGGGUCACCAUGCGGAGGGUGUUGCUGGUGGUGGGCUCGGUGGUCGCCCUGAUGGUGACUCUGCACCUCGGCCAGCAGGUCCUGGAGUGCCAGCAGGUCCUGAGCAAGAGGAGGCACAGGCUGAUGAGACCAGAGAACGAGGAGCUGGUCAUGAUGGACUCCAACCACGUCGAGUACCGUUACAGCAAGGAGAUGCCCCUGAUAUUCAUUGGCGGGGUCCCGCGGAGCGGCACGACGCUGAUGAGGGCCAUGCUCGAUGCCCACCCCGAGGUGCGCUGCGGAGAGGAGACCCGCAUCAUCCCCCGCGUGCUGCGACAGGCCUGGUCCAAAUCGGGGCGAGAGAAGAUGCGCCUGGACGAAGCGGGGGUGACGGACCAAGUCCUGGACGCCGCUAUGCAGGCCUUCAUACUGGAAGUGAUCGCCAAGCACGGCGAGCCAGCCAGGUACUUGUGCAACAAGGACCCCUUCACCCUGAAGUCCUCUGUCUACCUGUCCAGGCUCUUCCCCAACUCCAAAUUCCUCCUGAUGGUUCGAGACGGCCGGGCUUCGGUCCACUCCAUGAUCACGCGGAAGGUGACGAUCGCGGGCUUCGACCUGACCAGCUACCGCGACUGCCUGACCAAGUGGAACAAAGCCAUCGAGGUGAUGUACUCCCAGUGCCUGGAGAUCGGGCGGUCCCGGUGCCUGCCCGUCUACUACGAGCAGCUGGUGCUGCACCCCGAGCAGUCCAUGCACGCCAUCAUGAAGUUCCUGGACAUCUCCUGGAGCGACACGGUGCUGCACCACGAGGAGCUGAUAGGGAAGCCCGGCGGGGUGUCGCUUUCCAAGAUAGAAAGAUCAACAGACCAGGUUAUCAAGCCGGUGAACAUGGAGGCGUUAUCUAAGUGGAUCGGGCACAUCCCGGGGGAUGUGCUGCAGGACAUGGCCCACAUCGCACCGAUGCUCGCCAGGCUGGGCUACGACCCCUACGCCAACCCACCCAACUACGGCCACCCCGACCCCUUAGUUGUCAACAACACGCACAGAGUCUUAAAGGGGGAUUACAAAACGCCAGCCAAUCUGAAGGGUCAUCUGCAGGUGACCCAGAACACAUCAUCUUCUCACUAAGAAAAUUAAUGAUUUCCAGG